UCAUGACUUUGCCUCCGAGUUGCGUUUUCAAACUCAAUAAUGCGGCGUUACAUUCGUGCACUAAUGCUGUGCACGGUGUUCGCCGUGUUUUCGGGCUUGUAUGUUUACAGUAAGCUGUUUGACUCGGACGGAAACGGAGCGAAGAAGAUUUUCAUCCCACCGAGAGUCCCCGGAGCCAGACGAGGGGACAAAACUGGGCCCCAAAGCCCACACUGGUACAAUAGGUACAUCAUGCGUCAGCGAGGACAGGUCGAGGCAGGUGGUGGCAGCAGACCUGAACCUCCCAUGCACUUGGCUGUGGUGGCCUGUGGUGAUAGGCUGGAGGAGACCCUCACCAUGAUCAAAUCUGCUGUGCUUCUCAGCAUCAAACGCCUCUGCCUGCACAUCCUCGCUGAAGAUCAGCUACAUGCCAGCUUCAUGGAAGCUCUGGAGUCCUGGCCUGGUUUUGUUCGCUCCAGGUUCAAUUACACAGUGUACUCUAUCAGCUUCCCCAGCGAGAAUGCAGCCGAGUGGAAAAAACUCUUCAAACCCUGUGCUUCUCAGAGGCUCUUCUUACCUCUGAUCCUAAAGCAUGUUGACUCAGUAGUGUACGUGGACUCAGACAUCCUCUUCCUGCAACCUGUAGACCGGCUGUGGGCAUUUCUGUCCCAGUUUAACUCCUCACAGCUGGCAGCUAUGGCCCCAGAGCACGAGGAGCCCCGCAUCGCCUGGUACAACCGCUUUGCCCGUCACCCCUUCUACGGCAGGACAGGCAUCAACUCAGGGGUCAUGCUCAUGAACAUGACACGGAUGAGGAAUAUGUUCUUUAAGAAUGACAUGACGUCGGUGGGUCUACGUUGGGAGGAGUUGCUGAUGCCUCUACUUCAAAAAUACAAACUCAACAUAACUUGGGGAGAUCAGGACCUUCUCAAUAUAAUUUUCCACCAUAACCCUGAGAGUUUGCUGGAGUUUCCAUGCCAGUGGAAUUAUCGUCCAGACCAUUGUAUCUAUGGCAGUAACUGUGCUUCAGCUGAGGAAGAUGGCAUCUACAUACUGCACGGAAACAGAGGGGUUUAUCACGACCACAAACAACCUGCCUUCAGAGCCGUCUAUGAGGCCAUACGAAAGUACGUAUUUGGCGCAGACCCACUGACUUCUUUGUUGACUCCUCUUGAGGACGAACUGUUGAAGACCACACAUACAUAUUGUGGUAAAUCCCACACGCUCUUCACCAAGAGGUUGGCACACAGCCUGGAAAACAUAAACAGGAAGGCCCCACAUGGAUGAUGACAAAAAUGAAUGACAAUGAUGGAGUAGAGGCCAAACACUGACUCUUUUUAGCAUCACUUUUACAGGAUUUGUCGCCAUGAGAAGGAACAGUGCU